GCCCUGAUAGAGAGAGAGACAGACAGAGAGAGACAGACAGACAGUCAGAUAGAAAGCUUUCCUCUUUGCUGAGUUUGUUCCCUUCACUCGUAGUUGGAGCUCCAGUGGCAUGUUUCCAUUGAUGCAACCCUCCGAGCAGCUCACACCUUUACUGCUUUCACUCGUUGCAGCUAACAUCUGAUCCAGGAUGGACCAUGGAGACCGAGGGAUGGGCGUCUCUCACCUUCGCUACGAGGAGGAGGAGGACCAUCAGUCCAUCUACAUCGGUGUCCCAGUGCCGCGAGGCUAUCGACGCAAACGCAGGCGAAGGCGCUCCAGUCGUGAGGCUGCCGACAUGGACAGGGAGCGACGCUAUAACCACCACCGACACCAAGAGCCCGACCGCUACAGAGACAUGGACAUAGAGGAAGGACUGAUGGACUCAAACGAGCAGAGUCUCCAAGACAUCAACCGCACCAUGUCUCCGGCGGCCGAGCGUCUGCGUUACAUCCUGAAUGAGGACGAUGACAUGCCCACGCCGACGCUCUUCACUGAGAUGGACACUCUGCAGCGGGAAGGAGACGAGCUGGAGUGGAAGGAGUCUGCCAGGUGGGUGAAGUUCGAGGAGAAGGUGGAGGAGGGAGGAGAAAGGUGGAGUAAACCACACGUGUCCACGCUGUCCCUGCAUAGUCUGUUUGAGCUGAGGACGUGUCUCCAGACGGGGACGGUGCUGCUGGACCUGGACGGCUACUCACUGCCUCAGAUUAUUGACGACAUCAUUGAGAGACAGAUAGAGGAAGGUCUGAUCUCUCCUGAGCUCAGAGAGAAGAUCAGCUUCGUCCUGCUGAGGAAACAUCGACACCAGACCAAGAAGCCCAUCCACCGCUCGCUAGCUGACAUCGGAAAGUCCAGCUCUUCCACCGGUCGUAAUGUGGGGCCCCGUGGUGGACCGGGUCUGGGACCAGGUCCAGGUCCAGGGCCGAUGGCCAACUUUAACCGAUCCACAGAGGACCUCCGGAUGAAACAGCAGUCUGCCAACUACGGUCGCCUGCGUCACGCCCAGAGUCGGAGCAUGAAUGAUAUUGCAGAUACUCCCAGCACAGACCAGCUAAAAAAUAAAUUCAUGAAGAAAAUCCCCCGAGACGCCGAGGCAUCCAACGUCUUGGUGGGUGAGGUGGAUUUCCUCAACAAACCCUUCGUGGCCUUUGUCCGCCUGGCCCAGGCUACAACACUCGGAGGUCUCACGGAGGUCCCUGUUCCCACCAGAUUCCUGUUUAUUCUCCUGGGACCUCAAGGAAAGGCCAAGUCCUACAACGAGAUUGGCCGAGCCAUAGCAACCCUAAUGGUGGAUGACCUCUUCAGUGAUGUCGCCUACAAGGCCAGAGAUCGGGAGGACCUCAUCGCAGGCAUAGAUGAGUUUCUGGAUGAGGUGAUUGUGUUGCCGCCUGGAGAAUGGGAUCCCAAAAUCCGCAUUGAGCCGCCCAAGAAAGUCACGUCGGUUGACAAAAGGAAGUCGGUGUUCUCCUUAAACGAGCUGGGCCAGAUGAACGGUACGGCUGGAGGAGGAGGAGGCCUGGCUGAGGAUGAAGAGAUGCCUCCGCAGCAUGAGCUCGGAGAGGAGCUGGCAUUCACCGGUCGCUUCUGUGGUGGUCUGUACCUGGACAUAAAGAGGAAGUUGCCGUGGCUACCCAGUGAUAUCUAUGAGGGUUUCCACAUCCAGUCCAUCUCUGCAGUGCUCUUCAUCUACCUGGGCUGCAUCACCAACGCCAUCACCUUCGGUGGUCUACUGGGAGAUGCUACCGACAACUACCAGGGUGUGAUGGAGAGCUUCCUGGGCACAGCUCUGGCCGGCUCUGUCUUCUGCCUCUUCAGUGGUCAGCCCCUCAUCAUCCUCAGCUCCACUGGACCCAUCCUCAUCUUUGAAAAGCUCCUCUAUGAAUUCAGCAAGAGCAACGACAUCGACUACAUGGAGCUGCGUCUGUGGAUCGGCAUGCAUUCCUGCCUGCAGUGUCUCAUCCUGGUAGCUACAGACGCCAGUUACAUCAUCAAAUACAUGACGCGCUUCACUGAGGAGGGCUUCUCCAGCCUCAUCUCCUUCAUCUUCAUCUCUGACGCCAUCAAGAAGAUGGUGGGCUCCUUCAAAUAUUACCCCAUCAACACCGACUUCAAGCCCGACUACGUCACCACCUACAAGUGUGAAUGCCUGGCUCCAGACCUGAUUCCAGCUCCAGAUAACAGCUCCAGUGUCUCUGGGUUGAAUGUGACAGGUCUAGACUGGAGCCAGCUGAGCAAGAAGGAGUGUCUGACGUACGGAGGCUCUCUGGUGGGAAAGUCCUGCAAGUUCGUCCCCGAUCUGGCCCUCAUGUCCUUCAUCCUCUUCUUCGGCACCUAUUCCAUGACCGUCACCCUCAAGAAGUUCAAGUUCAGCCGCUACUUCCCCACCAAGUUGAGGAAACUCAUCAGUGACUUCUCCAUCUUCAUGUCCAUCAUGACGUUCGUGGGGCUGGACAUGUUGAUGGGACUCAAAACUCCCAAACUGAUCGUCCCCACAGAGUUUAAGCCAACUCGGCCGGGUCGCGGCUGGCUCGUGAUGCCGUUCGGUAAGAACCCGUGGUGGAUCUACCUGGCCAGCUCUGUCCCUGCCCUCCUCGUCACCAUCCUCAUCUUCAUGGACCAGCAGAUCAGCGCCGUCAUUGUCAACCGCAAGGAGAACAAACUCAAGAAAGGCUGUGGCUACCACCUGGAUCUGUUCUGGGUGGGUAUCCUGAUGGCCGUCUGCUCCUUCAUGGGCCUGCCCUGGUAUGUCGCUGCCACCGUCAUCUCCAUCGCCCACAUCGACUCUCUGAAGAUGGAGAGCGCGUCGAGCGCUCCCGGAGAGCAGCCUCAGUUCCUCGGGGUCAGAGAACAAAGAAUGACGGGUAUUUUGGUGUUUGCCCUCACCGGAGUCUCCAUCUUUCUCGCUCCAGUAUUGAAGUUCAUCCCCAUGCCCGUGCUGUACGGUGUCUUCCUCUACAUGGGCGUAGCUUCCCUCAGUGGGAUCCAGUUCUGGGACAGGAUUAAGUUGUACAUGAUGCCGUCCAAGCACCAGCCCGACUUCUCCUACCUCCGCCAUGUUCCUCUGAGGAAGAUUCACCUGUUUACACUGAUCCAGAUCGCAUGUCUGGCUGUGCUCUGGACCCUCAAAUCCACCUUCUUGGCCAUCAUCUUCCCCGUUAUGAUUCUGGGUCUGAUGGUGGUCCGGAAGAUGCUGGACAUGGUCUUCUCCCAGCACGACCUGGCCUGGAUGGACGACCUCCUCCCUGAGAAAGAGAAGAAGAAGAAGGAGGACGAUAAGAAGAAGGAGAAGAAGAAGCCCAAAGCAGACGACAGCGAGGAGGAGGACAAGAGCCAUGUCUACUCCAACCACUCCCCCAGUCCCGAGUCCGACCUGGACCGCAGUGUCUUUGGUAACUGGAGCUUGCCCUUCCUCAGCAUCACCCUCCACCUGAAGAUCUCGUGCCCGUCGUCUCCAGCCAUGCCCCUGGGCCGAGGGAUGGCAUGCCCCGUGCCCCAGGUCAAGAUCGAGAUGGAAUCGGACUACGACUCGGACAUCGACCACCACCGCCCUCGGGACAUGAGCAGCGAGACCACGUUAUAAAGCUCAGACUCUACUCGUCUUGUUGACAGAACAACGCACGUCUAGUUGUGUGUGUGGGCAGCCAGUGCUGACCCAGGGUCAGUACGAGGUGGCACAGACUGACAGACGGCCGUCUACAGACUGAUCCAAAUCAAUGCAGUCGGACAGCUUCAACUUUGAGCUUUUAAAUUGGUUGAAUAAUAUAUAAAUACUAAAUGUAUUUGUUUACUUGCAUGAUGUAAAUGUCCAUAACAACAGAGGAAAUAUGUAUCUGUAUGUUCUGUAUAGGAUUAUGUAUUCAAUGUGAAAAUAUUUAUCUAUAUACAUACAAGCUAUAUAUUAAUAUUGUACUAUUACUUUAAAUCUUUACUAAUCUUGAAAUCGGUACAAUGUCAAAACCUAUUGUCCAAUCAUUUCAUCUGUGCCCAGACUUUGACUUGAGGCAGGAAAUGUGAAAACAAACAACUAUUUACCACGAGCUCGUAAAGUCUCCUGUCUAUGUUAGUCUUCGGUGUUUGUCUCAGUGUGCCGUAGUGGGCCUCGGUUUAUCUGGAACAAAAAGAAACAACCAAAAAGUCCUGAUGUUGCUGAGCAGGAUGGAUUUAUUGAGCCAGAUGUAGCGUACAGGUUUCUAUUUGUGUUUUUACUCUCAAAGACUCUGUAUGAGAACACGAUUAACUUCCAACACAACACGUAUGACAGUAACAACAAGUUGACAGAUAUAUAAUUGAUGUCAUUAAAAUGCCAUUAUUCCAAA